AUGAAUUCGAGCCUCGUCGAAGGGAUCAGAGAAAUUCUCGAGGAGGCCGCUCAGGCAAAGAUUGCUGGGCGCGCUCUCCCGACGCUAGAGGAAGAACGAGCGGCACACGAAGCUGCCAUGGCUAAGCUUGUGCAGGAACAGAAGCACAAAGAGGAGCAAAAGAAGCUCCAGGACACCAAGGAAGAGGAGAAGUAUCUGGGCCAAAUGGUACAGCAGGAGCUCAAACGACAGGAUGAAAGGGUGAAGGAGUCGAGAAGGAAGAACCCGCCCAGCCAUGUCGCCUUCAGCCCCAACGAUGACACUCGAGAUUCCGAGGGUGAACGUAUCGUCUUCGACCAGCUCUGUAAGCUGACUGACGUUGAAGGCAACUCAAUCGUCUUCAGUGUGGUCACAGCCAAGACCGAGUUCCUCGCUGGGCCCAUCACAACGGUCUACGAAGUACGUCCAGUACUGCCAACAGGCCAGAAGCGACCCAGGCUCGCAUUGAAGCAGGUGCAGGUGCACUCUGCGGGGAAGGACCAAGUGCAGUUCAAAAAGCAGCUUCAGGCAUUAGAGUCGGAGCUGGACUCGAUGAAAAAGCUCCGUCACCAGGCUGUCCUCGAGGUCCUUGAUUACAAGAUCGGCCGCACUGCUAACGACAUCGCGAAUGCUAUGAGUUGGAGUGUCAGCGUGUUGAGCCCUUUCGCCGAGGACGGAUCGCUCGAAAAGCUGCUGCGGUGGUCAGGUCAUCUGGAUGUUAACAGGGUCCGGAGCUGCACUGUCAAUCUUCUCGACGCUCUGGGCUGGCUCCACAGCCAAGGAGUCGUACACCAGGAUAUACACCCCGGCAAUAUCUUGUUGGUCACAGAGUCAACGGGCGACAUGAUCCCCAAGCUGGCUGAUGCCGGUUAUCAGAGAGAGCUGCACAACCUGUGCACAACGACCCAAGCAGUGACCUCUAUGAGGGAUGCCAAGUCCGCCUACUGGUUUCCUCCUGAGAUUGCGGCUGCCUCCAAAGCGCAGUAUACUCAGAAGACCGACAUUUGGGAUCUCGGGCUCGUCUUCCUCCAGAUGAUUCUCGGUCUCGAUGUCGCUCAGAAGUAUCACUCGCCGGUAGAUCUCAUGGACUCGCUGUCGCUGUCCGAUGCAUUAGAAGAAUUGGUUGCUUUCUUCUUCAAGUCAGAUCCGAAGAAGAGACCGCGCGCUUUCGAGCUGAGCUCCAGUGAGUUCUUGGCUACGGACGCCCCUCUAUUCGUCGAGAAUACGUCUGGGGGUCAUUCCAGCACCACACUUGGCUCCUCUCUGCCUCAAAUCACACCAAUUCGCGGUAGAUCCAGGCACAACUCCACGACAACUCGCGGUCCUACUUCAUCUAGAUACAAGGAAGACUUUGUUGAAGAGGGCCGCCUAGGCAAAGGUGGCUUCGGUGAGGUCGUAAAGGCACGCAAGAAGCUUGACGGCCAAAUAUACGCCAUCAAGAAAAUCUCCUCAGGCUCUCAAGGAGGCUUGACGGAGGUGCUGAAAGAGGUGCGACUCCUUUCCCAAUUGAGUCACCCUGCUGUUGUACGCUACUUCAACACCUGGCUGGAGGAGGUGUACGAUGUAUCCGAAGCAACUGACGAGGAGGCUUCGACUGACGCUGGCGGUACGGAACUCUCUCGGGACACUGUCUCACAAGGUGAUUUCAACAUCGAAUUCGGUACAAGCCAAGGCGGCCUGGACUUCAUUUCUUCAAGCAGGCGACUGGACAUUGAGUUUGGUGACGACGACAGUGAGGCCGACGACGACGAUGACGACAAUGCCAUUAAUGACGACGAUGAUUCAAGCGAUGACGAAGAGGAAUCAGACCAAUCGGAUGAAGACUCGGGGACUGACACGUAUGGGACCAAGGGGCCUCAACAUAUCCUGCCCGUACGCAAGCGGAUGCGUCGACCAAGUCAUAGGCCCUACCGGACAAUAUUGUAUAUCUCCAUGGAGUAUUGCGAGAAGCGGACGCUUCGUGACCUCAUCGCAAGGAAUCUAGCCAAGAACAAGACGGAGGUAUGGCGACUUUUCCGUCAGAUACUGCAGGGUCUGGUCCACGUGCAUAGCUUGAACAUCGUCCACCGUGAUCUUAAGCCAGACAAUAUAUUCAUCAGCGUUGGCCCAGAUGGCGUCAACAAUGUCAAAAUAGGGGACUUUGGACUGGCCAGCAAGGGUCUUAUAGCUUCAGACAAGGCACAUUCACACGCCUCCGUCAUGGAUCAAGAGGACAUGACGAGAAGUGUCGGCACAUCAGUUUAUGUUGCCCCGGAAGUCAAAUCAGGUGGUAGUGGCAGCUACACCUCUAAGGUCGAUAUGUACUCGCUGGGCAUCAUGUUCUUCGAGAUGUGCUAUCCACCAAUGCUUGGCAUGCAAAGAGCCCAGGUUCUCGAGGAUCUUCGCAGGCCACAUCCUGUGUUGCCCUCUGAUUUUGACCCUGGCGCGGCUCAAGCAGAGAUCAUCAUGUCUCUGCUCACUCACAAUCCAAAAGAGCGUCCUUCCAGCACCGAGCUAUUGAAGAGCAAUAAGCUUCCGGAUGAGAUGGAGAGUGAUACUAUUCGGCGAGCUAUUGCUGGUGUGGCAGAUCCUAACUCUCCAUUCUUUGAGAAAAUACUGUCGAUAUUGUUCUCCAGAAAAGUAGACCGUGCAAAAGACUUUGUUUGGGACAUGCAGGCACAAACUCUGUCAGCUACAGAGCUUCUUCGUCAGCGUGUUGUGAAGGAGACACUGAUUUCCAUCUUCAAGUGUCACGGCGCCGUUGAGGUGCCCACACCGAGCCUCUACCCUGCCUCGUCCCAGUAUACCAAUGCGGUCAGGCUACUGGAUAACCACGGCUAUCUGCUGCAGCUACCAUUCGAUCUCAAAAUGGGCCGUGCUCGCAUGCUUGCUAAGUCAACAAAUGCGAUCCCCCAGCAUUCUUACUCGUUCGGGAGCGUUUACCGGGAACAACACGGCGGCGGUCAACCGAAUCAAAUAGGCGUUGCGGAUUUCGAUAUUGUGGCGACCAACACGUUAGACCUGUCCUUGAAUGAAGCCCGCGUUCUAUCAGUGGUUGAUGAUAUUAUUGCCGCCUUUCCGACGCUGUCUUCCAGCCAGAUGGCAUUCCAACUUGGCCAUUCUGACCUCCUUCAGCUCAUCUUCGAAUACUGUGGCAUCGAGCCCUCUGUUAGGCGAGCAGCUGCGCAAACACUGAGCAAACUCAACGUCCAAGGAGUGACCUGGCAGAAACUUCGAGGUGAAUUACGUGCACCUCAAUGCGGCGUCUCCGCGACAAGUGUCGACGAACUUCAGCGUUUCGACUUUCGAGAUACCCCUGCGAAGACAUUUUCCAAGCUGAAGACUCUUUUCGGAUCCACCGACUUCUACCAAAAGGCUUCAUCUACGAUCGCCCAUCUGAAGGAGGUCUGCGAAUACUGCAAAGUUCUUGGAGUGAAAACCAAGAUAUAUCUCAGUCCGCUGUACUCAGUCAAUGAAGCAUUCUUCAGAGGCGGCCUCAUGUUUUCCUGCGUGUUCGACAAGAAGGUUAGGGUUGUCUUGGCUGCCGGAGGAAGAUACGACAGCCUGAUAAAGGAACAUCGUCACAAGGCGGGUAGUAGCUUGAUGGGGGAGCGACAUGCUGUUGGAGUGAGCCUCCCAUGGGAAAAGCUGGCGCAAGUACCCGCAAAGAGUGGUGGAAAGGCCUUCUUGAAGAGGGCCGCGGAAGAAGAAGCCCAUGGCCUCUUCAGUGAGAGACGCUGCGAUGUUCUCGUGGCCAGUUUUGACCCGGUAAUUAGGCGAUCAACGGCGCUCGAGGUCUUGCGUACCCUACAGACCAACACCAUCAGCGCAGAACUUGCAGAUGAUGCUCGCUCACCCGACGAGCUGAUCCCGGACAGGCCAGAGGAGCAGCCCGCGUGGAUGAUUAUCGUCAAGGCGGACAUACUAAAGAUCAAGACAUUCUGGCGCAACAUCCGCGAGCGCGACUCCAACUCGAAGACCACCGCAUCUUCCCGGCCCCGCGGCGGGAUAGCCCACACAGAGGGCAACAACUCUUUAGGCGACACGAGCCCCUUCCCGUACUCCAACCACAACCACCACCAGCAAGGAGUCCGCGUCCUUACCGCGCAGACCAAGUCUAAGAAGUUUAACAGACAAACCGUCGUCGAGCAGGCACAGAGCAGCGCAGCCAAGCUCGUCCAGGGCUUCCUGGACGGGCCCAUCGCGGCUAUAGAGACGACCGACAACGUGCUCAACGCCAUCAGGGGCACGAGCCUCUCGGAGGCAGACACCUGGCGGAGGCUCGACGUCACCAACGCCGAGAAGAAGUACGUGCGUGAAGUCCAGGACAUGCUGCUUGAGUUCCGCGAUGCGGGCCUCAAGCAUGCUUUCGUGUACAAUUUCCGGACGGGGAGUUGUAUUUACUAUGAUUUAGCAGCCUAG